UAGUCUUGUUUCAUAUAUUGUGUUCUUCGUGAGAACAUCAUGGAUUAUCAAGUGGGAUUCUUGUUGUCCAUAAACAAUUUGCUUCAAGAAAUUGAACAUAAAUCAAAUCUAUAUCAGCAAACCUUGCCUGCAGAUACAUGCAUCGUUGAAAUAAGUCCUAACAAUCGUUAUGUUCGGUAUAAUGAAGUGCUUGGGAGAGGAGCAUUCAAGACUGUAUACAAGGGAUUUGAUGAGGUUAAGGGAAUCGAAGUUGCUUGGAACCAAGUUAGUCUGGAUAAUACAUUACAAUCACAACAACAUUUGGAGAGAUUGUAUUAUGAGGUUCACUUACUUAAGACUCUAAAACAUGACAAUGUAAUGAAGUCGUAUUUCUCUUGGAUAGACAAAGAGAAAAGAAAUGUCAACAUUAUUACAGAAUUAUUCACUUCGGGGAAUUUGAGACAAUACCGUCAUAAACACAAAAGUGUUGAUCUCAAGGCUAUUAAGAACUGGGCAAGGCAGAUCCUCGAAGGCUUAGCUUAUCUCCACAGUCAUGACCCGCCUAUUAUUCAUAGAGAUUUAAAAUGUGACAAUAUUUUUGUCAAUGGAAAUCAUGGAGAAGUAAAAAUCGGAGAUUUGGGAUUGGCUACCUCGAUGAUACAACCUACAGCUAAAAGCUUGAUUGGCACUCCUGAGUUCAUGGCUCCAGAGCUGUAUGACGAGGAAUACAAUGAACUGGUCGACAUAUAUUCGUUUGGAAUGUGCUUGUUAGAGUUGAUUAUUUGUGAAUAUCCAUACAAGGAAUGCAAAAAUCAAGCACAAAUAUAUAGAAAAGUCACUUCUGGUAUAAAGCCAGCUGGUCUUGCACUAGUAAAAGACCCCCAAGUGAAACAGUUCAUAGAAAAAUGUUUGGGUCCAGCUUCUCAACGAUUGUCUGCAACAGAACUUCUCAAAGAUCCAUUUUUCUCUCCAGAAAUUACGAAAUCAUCCAUGGACGUACAAGUUGACAAAAGGCUACCAUGUGUUACUGGCACCAUUGGAAGGCCUCGUGUUUCGUUAGUUGAGAUGCAGAGUGUUAAUGAGAGAUACCAUUUCAAAGUGAAAGGCAAGAAAACCGGUGAUGAUUCCAUCUAUUUAAACUUGAGAAUUAUUGAUCACAGUGGUAAACUGAAUAAAAUCCGGUUCACGUUCUAUAUAAACUCUGACACUGUACAUUCAAUAGCUCAAGAAAUGGUUGAACAGCUAGACUUGUUACAUCAAGAUGUUGCUUUCAUAGCCAAGCUGAUUGAUGACUUGAUCUUGAAGCUUGUACCAACUUGGAAAACCUCAUACGGGUCCAACAGAGGCCCAAACUCAUUCAUAGGUUCUCAAAUUACUCAUAAUUCAAUAGGAUCAUUGGCAGAUCAUAUUUGUAACAACUCGAGUCAUCUGUCUGCUACACAUUCAGACUUCGGGAUCUCUUAUAUAGAUUUGUGCAAACGUGUAUCUUAUUCUACAAGUUUGUAUCUCCCCCCCAAAUAUGAAAUUAAUGUAGACGAAGAAAAGUACCAAGAAAUGGAGCAAGAGCUUGAUGCAGUUGAUGUUCGGUACCAUCAAUGGUGUAAAAGGCUCCAAAGGAUGAGAGCAACCAAGAAGGUUCGUGUAUUUUAAAGUGCUCCAAAGUUCUAGUCAUGUAAAAUUUCAAUUGUGUUGUCAUAUGGCAUAUGGGAUUGAAAUUUAUUUAUUUCUCUCCUAGGAAGCUUUACACUUCUUUUGU